GAAGAAGCCUUCCAAAGGGCACUCCUACGGUCCCUAGUUCCUUCGGAAGUAUUCGAGGAAUUAAGACUAAAUAUCUUGCUGAUAUUAAAUUCCGGAUCAGAAGCAAGAGGAUAUAUGUUGAAAGCAGGCAGAUAUUGGGGAAACUAUAUAAAUCAUGAGGUCUAUGAGCGGAGUAGGAUUGUGUAGGGACCGGAUUGGAACUGUGCCAUAGUCUGACAAGCGUCACCUGACCGGCUCAGUUUUACACAGGAAGAGAAUUGUUGAUUUCAACAUGGCUGCUGCCUGCUGAUGUCGAUGAGUUGCUUAAAGCGAUAAUAUAGUCAGACUACCUUCAACUAUCGAAUAGCUGACAUAGUUCGGUCUGUGAGAAGGUUUUAAAAGUUGCCCAAUAUGGCCCAGUGUGUCCAGUCUGUACAAGAGUUUAUUCAGGACUCGUUUGUCCCGAUGAUAGCCGUCCUGUGCAGUAAAGAAGCGGAGAGAGUCACUCGCAAGAAUAACCUGAAUUUUGCUGAGCUGCUGAGGCCUUUCUGUAGACUAACAUCUGAAGGUCACAUCCGGGAUCCAAACAACCAGCUACAAACUGUGAAAAACCUGCGUAUCUGUGUAAACAAUGUGGUGACAAGCCCGAGUCCAACAUCUGCUGCCCUCAGUCCUGCUCAGAACAGACUGCUCGGUGAGGUUGUGUCAUCCUGCCAGCCCCAAGAGGGCGCUGCAGCCACUGUUAUGAAGACAGGGGACUAUAACCUCAACUUAAGUGUAACCACCCCCUGGUUUGAAGCCUACAGGGAGAACUUCCUGCAGUCCAUGCCUGCCGGUGACCAUGAAUUCCUCAAUCACUACCUCGCCUGCUUGCUGGUGGUGUCCUCCACUGAAGCAGUCCCAGUGGAACAGUUCCUCAAGCUAUCCCAAGAGCAGCACAGGAUUCAGCACAGUGGCGAAUACACUAACCCCAAGUGGUUUAUCCCUAACACACUCAAGUACUAUGUCUUACUUCAUGACAUGAGUGAGGGAGAUGAGCAGAGGGCUGAUUCUGUUUAUGAAGACAUGAAACAGAGGUAUGGUCCACAGGGCUGUUAUCUAUUGAAAAUUAACUCCCACUCCUCCUCAGCAGAGGAGGGUGAACAGAUCCCAGACCCCUGGAGUCAAUACCUGCACAAGAAUAACCUGCGUAACCAGGAAAUGUUUGAUGUAACACCAUCUGCUGCUGAGAACAGUGUUGGUGCAGUUGAGGCGGACUCCAGUAACCCAGCAGAUGGACAGGGAGUGUCCAGUAGCCUGGAGACCCAUCCCCUUCAACUUGAUGCUGACAGCAGCUCAGCGAGCCUGCAGACUCUUGGUGAUGACAACGCGGACCUAAAGAAGGGUGGAAGGGAAUCAGACAGCCUGGGGUCUGGAGCUGGGGGCCACGGGGCCUGUCUGACCCUGAGUGACCAUGACCACAUCAGACAAUUUGUCCAGGAAUUUACCUUCAGAGGCCUGUUGCCACACAUUGAAAAGAACAUCAGACAGCUGAAUGACCAGCUGAUCUCCAGGAAGGGUCUGAGUCGGUCACUUUUCACAGCAACCAAGAAGUGGUUCGGUGGAGGGAAAGCUCCAGAGAAGAGCAUCAGUGAACCAAAGAGUACAUGUGGCCUUCUGUAUCCCCCUGAAGCCCCUGAGCUGCAGAUCAGGAAGAUGGCUGACCUGUGCUUCCUGGUGCAGCACUAUGAGCUGGCUUACAGCUGUUACCACACAGCAAAGAAAGACUUUCUUUCAGACCAGGCUAUGCUGUAUGCUGCGGGGGCACUGGAGAUGGCUGCAGUGUCAGCUUUUCUGCAGGUUGGAGCUCCCAGACCUUAUCCAGCACACUACAUGGACACAGCGAUACAGACCUACAGGGAUGUCUGCAAGAACAUGGUGCUAGCUGAGCGCUGUGCGUUACUCAGCUCUGAGAUUUUCAAGAGUCAAGGAAAAUAUUCAGAUGCUGCAACUCUUCUCAUUAAAAUGACCAGUGAGGACUCUGACCUGCGCAGUGCUCUGCUGUUGGAGCAGGCCGCCCAUUGCUUCAUUAAUAUGCGAAACCCCAUGGUGCGAAAAUUUGCCUUCCAUAUGAUCCUGGCUGGGCAUCGUUUCAGCAAAGCAGGACAGAGGAGGCACGCAUUGCGGUGUUACUGCCAGGCCAUGCAGGUGUACAAGGAUCGGGGCUGGUCUUUGGCAGAAGAUCACAUCAACUUCACAAUCGGUCGUCAGUCCUUUACUCUCGGCCAACCAGAUAAUGCCGUGAUGGCCUUCAGACAGAUCUUGACCAAUGACAGCAGACAGACAGCCACACAGCAGGCUGCCUUUCUCAGAGAGUACCUCUAUGUUUACAAGAGUGUGAUUGAAGGCAGUGAAGUAAGCCUUCCCCAGCUGCCGCUGCCCUGCAUCCAUAGCUCCACCACAAGGGUAUACUUUGGACAUGAACGCCGCCUCGCAGAAGGAGAAAAGCAGGCAGCCACCCAUGUGUCCUUGGAUCAGGAGUAUGAUCAAGAUUUAUCAGCCAUGUGGUGUCAUCUGGAGGAACAACUUGUUGCUUCUGCCAAUCGGGGGAUUGUUCCAAUAAAUUUCCAGCCCACUCAGUGCUGCCUCAACAGCCAGACAGACAACCUGCGUCACCCACUGGCUGUGGUGGAGGAACCAAUCAUAGUGGAGGUGACAUUCAGGAACCCUCUGAAGGUUUCUCUGGCUUUGUCCAACUUGUCACUCCUCUGGAGUUUUAGUGCUGAUGGUCCAUCAAAGACAGAAAAGCAGACAGGAGAGACCAUCACUAAUGAGGAGACUCGAGCCUCAGAGCUAACACAGAAAGAUGACAUCGUAACAACCGAGGUAAUCAAAGAGUUUCACAUGGGUCCAGAGGAGACUAAAAUGGUCCGACUUAAGCUGCUGCCUCACAGAACUGGUCAGCUGAAUAUUGUAGGAAUCAUUUACAACCUGACCUCAUCUUCUACUGGGGAACCCACUCUAAACACUGAAGGGCAACAAAUGUUGAAUUUGACAGUUCGGGGCAAGCAAGACCUCAAGAUCCAGGGUCCUAGACUCAACCUGACCAAAGAGGACAAGAUGUUGGUGCGACAUGGAACUGAUCGACGUCUGGAUCCCAUCAUAACACCUCCCAUGCCUCUAAUGGAGGUCUUUUUCCUGCAGUUUCCUACAGCUCUGCUAUGUGGCGAGAUCAGGAAAGCCUACGUUGAGUUCUGUAACGUCAGCAGUGUUGCUUUGUGUGGCCUACGAGUGGCAUCCACACACCCGCACUUCUUCACCUUCGGCAGCCAGGCCACUACACCCUUCACACCUCCUAGUCCAGCCUCGGCUGAAAGCUGUUCUGCCUACAAAACCUUUGCUACACCCCUCCAGCCGGGCUCAGUGGCGUCAGAGGUGUUGGUGUCAGCAGAGGAUUUCAGUCAGCCCUCUGGGGUGAUGGAAAUCCCAAUAAGUGGCAGCAUGCUGCAGCCAGGAGAGUCCACUCAGCUGCCUCUGUGGCUCAGAGGACCAGACCAGGAGGGAGUCCAUGAAAUCAACUUUCUGUUCUACUAUGAGAGCACAGAGAAAGGUCUCAAAAUCAGUCAUCGGGUGCUGCGUCACACAGUGUUUAUCUGCGCCAGUCGGUCUCUGAGCGUGCAGGCGUCAGCCUGCCACAGCAGCGCUCCUCCUCAUCACUCUGUGGAUGACACAGGCAGCGGUGGAACACUAGUCUUCAUCGAUGUGGAAAACGUGAAUACGAGUGAAAGUGGCGUUCGUGAGUUCCACAUCAUCCAGGUGUCCAGCAGCAGUCAACACUGGCGGCUCCACAAGUACAUCAAUCCAGAAAAGGAUAAAGACUGUAAGCUAAGCAGCAGAGAAAGAGCCAAGCUUUGUUUUCGAGCCACACGAUGCAAACCUCAUAAAGCUACCUUGGACACCAUACAGAAAUACACCUUCGCAGACUUAAGUCUUGGGAAUGAACUGAUCAUCAGUUCUUCCACCCCUUGUGGAGACUUCUUCUUCCGCAGCACCCCAGAGCUUCAGCAGGGAGAUCUGGCCUCAUCCAGCAGUAAAACUCAGGGUUCUGCACCCACUGACAACAGAGGCUCUGACAUUACCAGUAUUGCCAAGAAGUGUAAUGAGCUGGAUCUCAACAUAAUUGUCAUUUGGAAGGCAUAUGUGGUGGAGGACAACAAACAGCUCAUCCUGGAGGGCCAGCUUCAUGUAGCCCUGCAGACCAUCGGCAAAGAGGCCAGUUCUCUGACUCCAAAAGAGGAAGCUCAGGAGAUGGUGUUGCUCAAGUUUAAAUCAGAACUGCCUCCUCCAGUCAUCAUGCCCUUUCCAGAGCUUUCCCAGCUCAUCAAAACAAAUCUGCACUACCCAGAAACCUUCACACAUGCAUUUGUCCAGGACAGUCUCUGCUUGGUGCCGGUAACUCUGACUCUGUCCAACUGCUCGUUGGUUCAGAUAGACGUCCUCAUUGACUUGAGACACAAAAGCACCUGCCCAGACUCUGUGGAGGUCUACAGCUCAUUUGCCUGGGUGGGUCAGUCCCAGUACAAGCUUAACCUGAGACCUCAGGAGGUGCUGAGCCUGGCUUUACGAGCCUGUUUCUUCCGGGCAGGAGUCUACAACCUGAACACACCACGAGUUUUUGCCAAGCCGGCUGAACAAAGCGCUAUGUGUGAGUCAAGUCAGCAGACAGCAAGUCCUGCUCUCAUAAUCAUCAACAAUGCCUGAGAGGACUUGGUGGACCCAAAAACACUUGGCCCACCAGCUGUCACACCUGAACGUGACCCUGCUGGUUGAAACUGGAUGGCAACAAACUUAUUUUUUGUAACAGUUAGUAAAAUAAAGUUUAUUUUAAAACCAUUUAUUUAAAACAGAGACUAAUGGGCUGAUAGUGCAGAUGUGUUUCAUCAGACUUGUUUUAACCAUCAUCAGCUCCUCUAACACCCAACUGUGUUUGCUUCCUAACAAAAAGCCAAGUGGCAGACUCAUGCUGGACCAGGCUUAAACUGUAAACAGAGGCAAACUGCUGCUCUUCUGUUCAAACAUUGUGUCCACAUUUAGACGUCACUGAGCCGGACCGACCUUCCUGAAACUGGACUGAAACUUAUCUGCUUACUUCAUUCUGCAUAUUACUAAACUCUGAGGGAUCCAAUCAGAGCAGUUGUCAUGGUGACAAACACAUGUUUACAACAGAAUAUUUGACAACAAAUUGUCUCCUGUCUUUUGGAGUGUGCAGCUCUUAUGGAAGCUAAAACUGAAUCCCCAAAUCACUGCCUCAUUACAACAGACCAACAUUUCUUUGUGCAUGCAUUUGAUGAUUUUUUUUUUUCUUUUUUUGACCCAAAGACCAAUCUCUCAACCUGUGCACUUAAUCUGCCCAUAUUGUAAUCUAACCUUGUUUGCACGUGCCGUCUUUUCAGGAAGUUAUCUUAUUUAUAUCUGGCAAAUUGGUUGUAAAUAGAAAAUAAAAAUGUAACUAAGCUAACUGUGUUAAAACAGCUGACAACAAGCUAAGGCUUCAACAUUCAUCGUCUUUUUUUUGGGGGGAAUUGUGAAGUUCCAGCAUUCGUCAUUACAGAGCUGAAUAAUUAUGAGUGAUGGUUAUGAACAAAAUCUGUAUUCAGACAAUAGAAAAAACUAUAGAACCACUACUCUGAGAAUGUUCAUUCAAGAUACAUUUAGUAUUUGUUGCAAGCAUUAAAAUGUCCUCCGUUUGUUCUCAGCAGCGAGGAGAAAAGUAAAAACAGCAUUUUUCUGUAAGAGACUCCAAAAAUGUUAGUGCAUUUAUGUCUCAUUGUCUCACUAUGUUACAGUAAAGAAUCUAAAAUGGCAAUUAAUUGCCAAAUUUAAAAGCCUACUAAGUUUUUAAAAACUAAAUGCUGUUAUUUACAUUUUACAUCUUUAAAAUAUUAAAUCUCUUCUCAGAUACUGUGGUCUGUAAACUUAAACAUAAAGAAAUUGAUAAAGCAGCGUCAUCAGGAAAUGCUGUUGCUCAUUUUCUUAAGAUGCCGUUCAUCAGAAGAUCAGUGAUGUGAUUAAGGGAGAGAAGGUCUGUGUACAUUUUGUAAAAAUCCAAUUGAGUCUAAUAUGCAAUUAAAGUCAAUCUAUAGGAUGUCA